AUGCGUGGUGGGCGCCGGCCAACCGUGCGGCCCUUCGACGGCCGCCUGCAGCUCGGGGCUAUUUUGCAGUUUCUCGGGCACACGGCCAAACAUCGGCACCUGCACUUGAAAUUCAUGGCUUUGAUGCGACGAAAUCGUAAUAAUCAUUCCUGGUCCUCACAACCAUUGGGACGGGCAGCCGGUUGCGACGGGGAGAGCUGCGAUGUGGUCGCGCAUCCGGAAUGUCCGGCCGAUUCCUCACUACAGAACGUCGAUCAUCCGGCUGACGGUUGCUGUGAAUUGCCAGGGAAAUGCGUCUGCGAUCUUAAGCGUUGCCUGUCGGAAGUGCCGGUAUGUGAGGAUGGGCUGGAUCGGGUGCUCGUCGAAAAUGGAAGGGAAGAACCAGGGAGAUGCUGUAAUAAAUAUGAAUGCAGGAAAAAGGAAAAGCACUGCGCCUCAGUGAAAUGCCCUCGACUGCUGCUCGAUUCGACCGGAAAUGAGGUGGUUGACGAAGAUUGCCCGGAAGAUUCCCUCCGGCCGCCCACCCAUAUCACGCCGGGCAGUUGCUGUCCGAUUACGCCAGAAUGCAAAUGCCGUGCCUCAAUUUGCCGACCGGCCCAUUGUGAUGAUGGAGAGCGCAUUAAGGUGAUUCGUAAGGGAAACGGAAGCCCGGGGCGCUGCUGCGAUAUUUGGGAGUGCGAACGAGCCGAGACUAUGGGUAAAAACUGCACGUGGAACGAGCGGGAGUAUGUCGAUGGGCAAGAGUGGCACUCGUCACAGUGCGAGAUCUGCAAAUGCAAAAAAGGAGUGGCCCAGUGCUCGAAGAUGACAUGCCCCAAACCGCCAAGCCGUUGCACGUGGGUGGGAGUACCAGCCGGGGAGUGUUGCCCCGUUUGCCUCGGCUGUCAAUCGGAGCGUGGCGGGCAGUUGGAAAAGAAGAAGAUGAAGGACGAGUGGGCAAAGGAUGACUGCACCACGUGCACCUGCUCGGAGGAGGGCGAAAAUCAGUGUGUGCGGGCGAUGUGUUCGGUGCAUUGCGAGAAUCCGAGAAAGGUGGAAGGGCAGUGCUGCCCUGUCUGCGAUGAGCCGACGAUUCUGACACUGCCCACCACCUGCCCAGCCAUCGAUCAUUGCCCGUUGAGGUGCGCCAAUGGACUCAAGCGCAACUCGAACGGAUGCUUCGAAUGUGAAUGUCUGCCCCUUCACGAGCCACUCCCAUCACAGUGCACCGAGUUGAGCAAGGAGAACUGUGAAAAACAAUGCGCACACGGGUACGCAAAAGACAGCGAGGGCUGUGCCGAAUGUCGAUGUGCCCACUGCCCUCCUCUACAUCAAUGUCUGAAACAUUGUCUCUACGGAUUCCACACAAAUGCCAUCGGAUGCCCCGUAUGCAAAUGUCGAGCCAAAAUCGACGCCAAGCUGACAAUCUCGGACCGGCUGGACGCGCUCAGCGGAUCUGAUAGAUGUGCUCACCCGCUGCCAAGUGGAAAAAUCGUAGAGAGGGAUGGCGGUGAGUGGUGGAAUGAUGGAUGUCGACAUUGUUUCUGCGAGCAUAAGAGGGAAUUCUGCUCUCUUAUCACCUGCCCGGAACGGCCGGACGAGUGCCCUCUAGAUAAAUGGGCUCAGAAAGAAGGUGAAUGCUGCGCGUCUUGUGCGGGAAAUUCUACCGUACCCCGACCGGGGUCCCGCCACGAACAUACAGUGUGUCAGAGCCCGGGCACUGGACGCCUCUUUACGGAUGGGGAGACGUGGCAAUUGACGCCUUGCGUAUCUUGUACGUGCCGCGUGGGGUACGUGCUUUGCCGUGCGGCCACUUGCCCGGCCGUGGCUUGCGCGGAGCCGAUAGCUGAUCCGGAACGGCCAUGUUGUACUACCUGUACUGGCGAGGAGAAAACGACGGAUGGGGCCGUGAUCUGUACGGACGAAUCUGGAACGGCACAUCCAAGUGGAGAACAAUGGAGGACUGACGAUUGUACCUCUUGCACGUGUACGGUGGCCGGGACGAUCGAAUGUUUCCGGGAAUCGUGUCAGGACCCAGAUACGCCGUGUAAAGGAAAGCUUUUGGCGGUGAAGGGGAGAUGCUGUCCGCUGUGCUCCGACGCGUUCGAGUCGGGCUCAGUGUGUCGAUAUGAGAAUGAAGUGUACACGUAUCGAGAGGAAUGGCGAGAUGGCAAUUGUCGAAAUUGCACGUGUCAACAAGGCGGUCAAACGGUUUGCCGCGAAGCGGUGUGUCCACCAUGCAACGAUCCGGUCCCGAUUGAGGGCCAAUGUUGUCCGCUGUGCAAAGACCCCUGGCGCGAGAUGGGUUCCGGGGAUGGGCAUACUGUAGUCGGUCCCCCAUCCUCUUCUUCAUCUUCUCAAAUUGGAGGGAUACUGUGGGUGGGAGGGGUGUCGAUUCUCCUCAUCAUUGCUGCACUCGCCCUGCUGUAUCUUCUCAGGAAACGACGCGAAACGGCUAAACAACCGAAAGUGAGCGGAAAGGUGCAACUGUCUUCCUGUCGAGCCCACGGUUCUCUGCCCCAUUUGGCGGAUGGGCCAUUUGAGAAGAGAAGAAGGGAUACGGACACGGAUGGACAGAGCGAAUCACUACUUUCCACCACCUCGGAGUCGUCGGCCGGGAUGUCGCAGGGUUCGACCCAUUCCGAGGCCCAUCUUCUCUACCAGCCCGUCCGGUACCAUGUU